UGUCCAGACUAUGGGAUGAUCGAUGAUUUAAUUUGCUUCACCAAGGAUGCUGUGAUGAGGAAUGUGCCACUGCAAGUCGGACAAAGAGUAAUAGCUCACGUUGAAGAAGAUAAAAUAUCUCAUGGAUUAAGAGCAGUUAGGGUAGAAAGCAUCGAUGAUAAAUGGGAUGACAACAGCAUAAGUUCUUACACAGUGGAUACAAAUGUUAAAACGCUCAUUGGAACUAUUACAAGGUUUACUGGAGAUCGUGGCCACAUCAAUCAAUCAACCUCUUUCUCUAUGAGGGUAGUUUGUAAAGACUUUUAUCCUUGUAAAGGAGAUUUGGUGCAAGCUGAAUAUAUUGUCAACCCAACAAGAUGGACUAGUGAAGCCAUAUCUGUAAAGCCCUUACGGUUCAAAAGAAUUGACAAGAUUCAUAUUUCCAGUAUGUAUGGAAGAACUGGUGUGGUAGACGACAGUAUAUUUUUCAGUCUGGAUUUUCUGAGUCUUCCUAAGGAUUAUUUACCCCAUAAAGAUGAUCUUGUCAAUGUUGUGGUUGUGGAGAGUAACCAGUCCUGUUAUAAUUGGAGAGCAUUUUGCAUGGCUCCAGUAUCGCAAGACAUAAAUCUCAGUGAACCAGAUGAAAAUCUAUUGAAAGACAAAGAAGGACUUGAAGUGUCAAAAAUGACAGAUUUUGGAAAACUCAAAUUAGGAGAGAGCAAAAAUAUGGAAAUUUGGAUAGAGAACAAAGGGGAAACUGAGCAUUCUUUAAUUAGCUGCAAAUUAUGUGGCUGGGAUAAAGAGAAGCAGUUCUGUCUUCAGUUGCCAGAAAAAAAACAGGUGUGCUGGAAAACAACUUCAGCAUUGACUGUCCCUAAUGGAGCUACUUCAGGUGAAUUUACAUACCUAAGCAAUAUUGGAGAUUGUAAUAAUUCUAAAACUGGACAAUCUGAAAGUCUAAUCUGUGAAAAACAAGAAUAUGAAGGAGAAGAAACCACAGGAUCUAACGGAAGCAUAUCUUUAUCUUCUGGGAGCAAGACUUCUAUAACGGUUGUAUGCACUGCAAAAAAUCCUGGACGCUGCACAGAACUUUUGUUGCUGUGUUUUUCUGACUGCAUUAUUGGUCGAUACCUCGAAGCAACUAUAGUAACGGAAGAAGAGUCAUUGAUAAAACCUACUGAGAAGUAUUCUCAGAGAAAAUGUCAAGCCAUUUCUGAACCCCAGUUUACAAAAGCAACAGUGAUUUUACCACAGUUGAAAAGAAAGUCAAAGAGACAGCUGCCAAACUUCCUUCCACAGUUCAGUAUUCCAGACAGAAUAAGAGAAUGUGUGGAAAAGAAAACUGAUAUAUUAAUUUUUUAUCCAGAACUUGGAGAGGGUUUAACUCUACUUAAUUAUAAGACACACUUUUCUACUCUUUUGUGGCUUGAAGAAAUCCAUGCAGAGGCGGAACUGAAGGAGUUUGCCAUGUGUGGGGUCACUUUGAAAAAAAAUGGAAAUUUCCUAGUACUUGAAGUACCAGGGAUCAUAGAGGGCCGCCCUUCACUAUUCCUUGGUGACAGAGUGAUACUGAAAACCCAAGACUAUUCAGAGGAGAUAAUCCACUAUGUUGCAUAUGUUGCUGAGAUUCAUGAUGAAGAUGUUACUCUGAAACUCAACUCAGAAUUUGAACAGGCAUAUAAUUUUGAACCUAUGAAUGUGGAAUUUAUUCAUAGCAGGAUAACAACCAGAAGAUGUCAUCAUGCAACAGAACAAGCCAUCCAUUUAGGAGCAAAGGUUUUGUUUCCUGAUAUUCUUAUUGUGCAAUCACCACAAUUCAUUAAGCAACAGAAUGAUUCAGAAUAUUCUUACAGCAUUCCAAAACAAAGUGUUAUCCAAGAAACUAAGACCAAACAGGUAGCCAGUGCAGCUCGUGGACCAGUGGUGUUACAUGGGCCACCAUUGGGCCCCCAAGAACUUUCCAUGCCACUGAACUCUGCAGCAACUGUAGCUUCCAAAUGCUCUUCAAAGGAAGAAGGGAUAAAAAAGGAAAAACAAAUGCCAAAAAAUGAAAAAGUUGUUUCUGAUACAGUUACUAUUGCCACACAAACAAUAAAUAGAAUUCUAACUUGGAAUAGACAAGACUGUGACUUUUUCAACCCUCUGCUGAAUGAGCAUCAGAAACUCGCAGUUAAAAGGAUUCUUAGUGGUGAAUGUCGUCCAACUCCUUAUAUCCUAUUUGGGCCACCAGGAACCGGCAAAACUGUCACAAUUAUUGAAGCAAUUUUGCAGAUAUAUUAUAGUUUACCAAGCAGCCGAAUACUGGUCUGUGCACCAUCAAACAGCGCUACAGAUCUUAUUUGUUUACGACUUCAUGAGAGCAACUUGUUAAGACCAGGAGUUAUGGUCAGAGUUAAUGCAAUCAACAGAAAUGAAGAGAGUUUUAAUGAAGUAAUAAAGUUUUACUGCAAAGGUGGGGAAGAUAUUCAUGAAGCAUCUCGGUUUCGAAUAAUUAUUGUGACAUGCAGCAGCGCAGGAUUGUUCUACCAGAUAGGGAUAAGGUUUGGACAUUUCACACAUGUAUUUGUGGAUGAAGCAGGGCAGGCAAGUGAACCAGAAAGCCUAAUCCCUCUGGGAUUGAUUUCAGAAGUCACUGGGCAGAUCAUACUUUCAGGGGAUCCCAUGCAACUAGGUCCAAUAAUAAAAUCUAAGCUUGCAACACUUUAUGGAUUAAACAUCUCUUUGUUGGAGAGGCUGAUGCAUCGCCCUUUGUACCUGCGAGAUGAGGAUGCUUUUGGUCCUUGUGGAUCAUACAAUCCUGUGUUGAUUACAAAGCUUGUGAAGAAUUACAGAUCACAUGGCGCAUUGCUUGCAUUGCCAUCCAAGCUAUUUUAUCAUAAGGAACUAGAAGUCUGUGCUGAUCCUUCCGUGGUAAACUCUUUGUUGGGGUGGGAGAAGCUGCCAAAGAAAGGCUUUCCACUGAUUUUUCAUGGAAUGAGGGGUAUGGAAAUGCGUGAAGGCUGCAGUCCUUCUUGGUUCAAUCCUACAGAAGCAGUUCAAGUGAUGCGCUACUGUUGCCUUCUUGUUAAAGGCAUCAGCUGUUCAGUAUCAGGGAAAGACAUUGGGGUAGUUGCACCUUAUCGAAAGCAGGUAGAAAAAAUCACAGUUCUCUUACGCAAUGUGGACCUAGCAGAUAUUAAAGUUGGCUCAGUGGAGGAAUUUCAGGGACAAGAAUUCCUAGUGAUCAUCAUAUCAACAGUUCGGUCAAAUGAAACUGUACACAGUGAUGAAAGACCCUUUUUAGGUUUUCUUGCUAAUUCAAAGCGCUUUAAUGUAGCAAUUACCAGACCCAAGGCUUUGCUCAUUGUUGUGGGAAAUCCUCAUGUGCUUGCCAAAGUGCAGUUAAAUAGAAGAAGUGCCGCCAGGCCACUUUUCCAGACUAUGACUUUAUUUCCUAAAAAAAAAAUACAGAGAUUUGUUUUUUUGGUUGUUUAAAAGAAUAUACUAUAAAACAGUGCUUAUUGAGUUAUAAUUAUGGUUUCAUUGUUGCUGUAUUUUUAUGCUAUAACAAUAAAUAUGAUUAAAG